UUCGACCCCGAGUCUCCGGACACAUCCAUUUGUAUUUUCCUUAUCUCGUAGAAAGUCGAAGCGUAGGAUGGCGAGGCUGACUCCUAUCUUGCGAAAGGGUCGGAAAGCUCUUCCAGAUUUGGACUUGCUCAAGGUCUUGCAGUCUGAGAUCGCACACGAGCACUCCUUCAAUCGCUUUCAGAAUAACCAAAGUGGUUCCUUAGGGAAUUUUUUGGUGGAAUGGGAUUCGCCCCAAUCCCAAGAUGUGGUUUUGCGGAAAACAUGCGAGUCAGGGGAAGAGGUUGCUGUAUCAGCUGUGCUUGGUCCAGCGACAUAUGGAAAAGAGAGUGCGUUCCCAAGGGAAGUUUUGAUGAAAGUAUGUUUAAAAAAGCCUGGCUUGAGCUCAAUGUUGCAGUUUGAUUGUGGAGUUUCUUACAGAGGCAAUGAUGUAUCUGAGUUUGACAUCCAUAAUGCCAACUAUAUCCCAUCAUCAAUUCGUGUCAACUCUUCCCUCUACAGAGGCCCAUUAUUCAGUUCUUUGGACCCUCAAUUACAAGAUGCUCUCAAGGAGUACUUAGUAUCUAGGGGAAUUGGAGAAAACCUAACCAACUUUCUCUUGCUUCACCUACAUAAAAAGGAGCAAGUCCAAUAUGUGAACUGGUUACACAAACUCGAAUCAUCGGUAGCAAAAACCAAGUGACAACCAGUGGCAGAUUUAACUCAUACAUACUUAAUUCUUUCUCAUCAAUACCAAAUCCAUCAUGUUGUAUGCAAAAUUGUCAUUUAAUAUUGCAUGCAGUUUGGACUCAACCGCAAUAAUCAGCGGGGAUAUUAUUGUAGUUUUUCUCCUAGUUACAGUCUGGGUUCUCAUUUUGAUAACCUGGAUGCGAUCAAUUGGAAUAAUUUCAAGAUUGAAGGUGAUGGCAA